GGCAACUUAGCCUAUUCGGCUCCAACUUUGUCGGCGCCAUUAUCCACCGUCUCCGAUUCCGCUCGUUUAUCUAUUUUGCAGCUCAGUUCGCCUUCACAACUGCGUGAACACCCAAGAAGCCCAUUACCAGUAUUAAAUGACUCUGCAGUGAACGAUUACAUUCCAUUAGGGACGUCAAACCUUUCUGAAAUCGUGGUUGUAGAGAAAGAUGUUGCAAACUUGCCAACUUCACUGUCUGCCCCUACCACCAUUACCACUGCAGUUAGCACCACUUUUCUCUCCGAUAGAACCGAGCCAGACAAACCUCGACGUGGUCGUCGUCGACCAUCAGCUUCCUGUGCUUCAACUAGUCCGCGGCCUAAAGCCACUCGACGUGGCCUACUUGGUCUCACAAAGCGCCGUCUUUUUCUACCUUUAGAUGGACAGAAAUCUUUUGUGAAUGAUUCUCGAGAGGUCAAAAAACGCUUAUAUGCUGAGGACAAUGAGUGGUGUGUCUGCGAUGAGGAUUCAAAUGCUGCUCAGUUUGUCGUUAUUGCAUCGCCGAAACCAAGUGAGCUUGCCAAGCGCCGAAGAGUGUCAGGACAUACUCGUGAACUAAGGUAA